UCUCUCUCUCCCCCCAUCUCCAUCUCAAAACCCUAAAAGGGACUUCGCAAACAUGGCCACCCGCUCCCCAUCCUCCCCCUCCGCCUCCCCACCCAGCGCCACCCCGCUCCCCACCGCCGCCGCCACCUCCGCCGCCAAGAAGCCCCAUCCCGUCCCCUGGACCCACGAGGAGACCGUCAACCUGAUCCGCGCCUACGAGGAGAAGUGGUACGCCCUCAAGCGCGGCCCGCUCAAGUCCAGCCAGUGGGAGGAGGUGGCCGUCACCGUCGCCGCCCGCUGCGGCUACUCCUACGCCGAGCCCUCCAAGACCGCCACCCAGUGCCGUCACAAGAUGGAGAAGCUCCGCAAGCGCUACCGCGCCGAGAAGCAGCGGGCCGGCGCCGCCUCCGGCUGGCCGUACUACGAGAUGAUGGAGCGCCUGGAGCGCGGCCCCAUGCCGAUCUCGGCGCGGCCGAUCGCCGUGGUGCCGUACGGCGCCCGAAGGGCCGUGGGAGGAGGGAUAGGAGGGGACGAGGAGGAGGAAGAGGAAGAGGAAGCCGCCGACGAGGAGGAGGAGGAAGACAACGAGGACGAGGAAUACGAUGGGAAUUACAGCAAGUCGAGGAGCAUAAACCACAUACUGAGGAGGCCGGCGAUGGUGAACCGGUUCCCCAGGGCGUCGGCGUCGGCGGCGGCGGGAGGGGCGAAGAGGAAGAGGGCGGCGGAGAAGAUGGAGGAGGAGGAGGAGGAGGCGGAGGAGGAGGGGUGGGGAGAGAGGAGGAGGAGGAAGAGGAGGGCGGUGUGGGAGAUGGCCGGGGAGAUAAGGGGGUUCGCGGAGAGGUACGUGGGGAUGGAGAACGUGAAGAUGGAGAUGAUGAGGGAGAGCGAGCGGUGGCGGAUGGAUUUCGAGAGGAAGCGGAUGGACCUGAUCGCGGAGUCGCAGAGCAAGAUCCUCGACACCAUCGCCAAGGCCUUUUGCUUCCCCUCUUGACUGACCCCUUUGACUUUGAUUUUCAUCUGUUCUCUCCCCCCCCUCCCUCCCUCCCCCUUUCUUCCAAAAAAAAGAACAUACUUUGACCCUGUUUUUUAGUGUAGAUUAAUCGAUCGAUCGAUCGUUGAUAUUUGGAGUAGAUGAUGUUCAUUCCAUUCGCGUGGGUUGUCUUGUGGAGGUUCACUCGUCAUAUUUUUCAAUAAAAAUGUCCAAAGCUUCCCGGAGAAGUUAUUGCACAAA